AUGACCACCGCAACCUCGGCUGCGGCGGCGGCUGAUGGCGGCGGCGGGCCCAAAGGUCGCUUUGGAUUGAGUCCAACAACGCUGUUGUCGUUGAGGAAUUUCAUUAAAAUAUUCAGCUAUGCAACAUUCCUGGACAAAAUCGUGCUGGCGAUCGCCUCAGUGGCUGCCAUGGCCACAGGGUUGACCAUCCCCCUAAUGGUAAUCGUGUUUGCCAACUUGAUCGGCGUCUUCACCGACUUCUAUCGCCAAGGGUCAGCCACGACGGGUGCCCAGUUCUCCAGAUCAGUGAACCAGUGUGUCUUUUACAUCAUCUAUCUCUUUGUCGCAAGGCUGGUCGCGUCCUACAUCAUGAACCUCGGCUUCCGCGUCAGCAGCCUGCGCAUCUCGUCGUCCAUCCGCGUCAUCUACCUGCGCUCGCUGUUCGCGCUGCCCAUCUCGACGCUCGACGCCAUACCGGCGGGGCAGACGGCCGCCAUCGUGACGGUGACGGCGGGCCUGCUGCAGGUCGGCAUCUCGGAGCGGCUGGGCGGCGGGGUGGCGGGCGCGGCGAGCGUGGCGUCGGCCGUCGUCGUCGCUCUCGUUUUCAACUGGCUGCUGACCCUCGUCACGCUCGCGGGGCUCGUCUUCAUUGGCAUCGCCUACGCCGUCUUCACCCCGCUCGUCGGCCGCCAGGCGCUGGCCGUCCACGAGGCCGACAUCAAGGCCGCCAGCGUCGCCGCUGAGGCGUUUGCGUCGUACCGCAUGCUGGCCGCGUGCGGCGCAGAGGCCAAGGCGAUUAGGAAGUAUGCGGGGUUUGUGGACGAGUCCUGGCGCAGGGGACUCUCGAUGGCGUGGCUUGUUGGGCUGCAGCAGGCGCUGGUCUUCUUUGGCGUCUAUGGAACAUUUGCGCUGGCCUUUUGGUUCGCCUUCCGCAUGCACGCCGUGGUGCUGAUCACGACGCCCGAGGACUUGAUCGUGGUCCUGCUGUGCGUCAUGAUGAUGGCGACGUCCAUCGGGCAGAUCUCGGCGCCCCUGGCGGCGGCGCACCAGGCCGCCGAGGCGUGCGCCAUCUUCCACACCAUCAUCGACGCCCCCAAGCCCACGUACGGCGCGGCCAAGGGCGACGGCGAGGUCCGCGCCGAUGGCGACAUCGUGCUCAUGAACGUCAACUUUGCCUACCCGGCCCGCCCCGAGGUGCGCGUGUUGGACCAGUUGAGCCUGACGUUCCCAGCUGGCAAGGUUACGGCCAUUGUAGGCCCUUCUGGAUCGGGCAAGAGCACCAUCGUCGGCAUUUUGGAGAGGUGGUAUGAGUUUAAUGGGGAUCCCGCUACCAACCCAAUCGUUCUGUUCCUGCGCAACGGCUUCGUCACUAUAGGCGGAUGUCUUCUCACCGAGAUCGAUAUAAAGUGGUGGCGCAACCAAAUCGGCCUGGUCCAACAAGACAAUGUGCUGUUCAACACGACGAUAUACAAAAACGUGGAGAACGGCCUGAUCGGCACGAGGUGGGAGCACGAAAGCGAUGAGAAGAAGGCACUGCUGAUCGAGGCGGCCUGCAAAGACGCCUUUGCGGACGAGUUCAUCGCCCGCCUGCCGGAUGGCUACCAAACGACCGUCGGCGAGUCCGGCAUCAAGCUGAGCGGCGGGCAGCGGCAGCGGCUGGCCAUUGCGCGCGCCAUCGUCAAGCAACCCAAGAUCCUGAUCCUGGACGAGGCGACGUCGGCCAUCGACGUGCGCAGCGAGCAGAUCGUGCAGGCGGCGCUCGAGCGCGCCAGCGUCGGCCGCACCACCAUCGUGAUCGCGCACCGGCUGGGCACCAUUAAGCGCGCCGACAAGAUCGUCGUGCUGCGCAAGGGCCGCGUCGUGCAGCAGGGCACCCACGACGAGCUGCGCGCCCAGCGCGGCAGCGCCUACAGCAUGCUCGCCACCGCCCAGACCAUCGACGUCGGCCCCGCCGGGAACCCACCGCCGCCGCUCCCCGCCGGCCUGUUUGCUGCGGCGGCGUUGGAUGGGGAGGAGGAGGAGGAGGAGGAGGAGGAGGUGGUGGGCCGAGGUGGGGACGGCAGCAGCCACUUCCUGAGCGUGCCUGAAGGCGGCAGCGGCAGCAGCGGGCGCGGCCGGCGGGACUCGUGGCACACGUGCACGACGGCGUCUGACGGCUCGUCCGACGUGUCAUCGGACGACGACGGCCGUAUCAAGCUCGUAGAGGAGGAGAGCCACUGGCUCGGCGGCUUCGCGGAGCUGCUGGCCGAGCAGGGCUCCAAAUGGAAGCUCUACGCCGCCAUCUUUGUGGGCGCCCUCGGUGCGGGUGCUAGCACUCCGGUCCAGGCAUACCUCUUCGCCAUGCUGCUCAAUCUCUUCUCUUUCUGGGGGCAGAGCGUCCAGCGUGCUGCAAAUUUCUUCUGCCUCAUGUUUGUUGCGCUGGCGGGAGGAGUCGCGCUUAGCCACCUGCUUCUGGGCUGGUCAACUACUCGGCUAGGAUUCAGCCUGACGCGGCUCUACCGCAAAGAAUACUUCUCCAACAUCAUCACCAAGCCGGCCGCCUUUUUCGACGAGGAGGAGCACACAAUCGGAGCGUUAACGGCGCGGCUGGCCACCGAUCCCACGCAGCUGCAGCAGCUCCUGGGCGCCAACAUGGCCUUUGUCCUUGUCUCGCUCUUCAAUGUGGUCGGGUGCUGCAUCGUCGGCUUCGUCUUCGGAUGGAAGCUGACGGCGGUGGCGCUCGCGUCCACCAUGCCCGUCAUCGUGGCGGCCAUGUUCUACCGCGUGCGGCAUGAGGUGCGCCUCGAGAUGGAGGCCAACCGGGUCUUUGCCGAGGGUGCCAGAUACGCGUCCGAAAGCAUCGCCGCCAUCCGGACCGUAUCGAGCCUGACGAUGGAGCAGGGCGUCGGGGAGCGGUACGAGAAGCUGCUGACAGACCACGUCCAGGGAGCGAGCCGCAAGGCAAGGUGGUCGCUGCUGCUAUUCUCCUUCAGCGACAGCAUUUCCUUCCUGUGCAUUGCGUUUGUGCUGUGGUAUGGCGGGCGCUUGUUGGCCAGCCGCGAGUACACCCCGUUCCAAUAUGGCAAUGCUGGUGUACAUUGCCGUCGUCCAAGGUGCCAUGAGUGCCGGCCAGUGGCUCAGCUUCGGUCCCAGUGGGUCUCUCCAACAGUCGAAUAUCAACAUGCGCACCCAAGUCUAAUAAACACGACACCCCCAGACAUCGCCCACGCCACCGCAGCCGCAGACCGCGUGCUCGACAUGCGGGACAUGGACUACGACGACGACGGCGUCGGCAUCCCCGGCCUGGGCCCGCACGCCUUCGCGGGCAGCGAGGACGAGAAGACCGGGGUCGAGGUCGAGUUCCGGGGCGUCUGGUUCAGCUACCCGACGCGGUCCGGCCCCGUGCUGCGCGGGCUCAGCAUCAAGGUGGCGCGCGGCCAGUUCGCCGCCAUCGUGGGCCCUUCGGGCUCGGGCAAGACGACCGUCAUCUCGCUGCUCGAGCGCUUCUACUCGGCCAACGGCGCGGGCCAGGUGCUCUGCAACGGCCACGACGUGCUGGACCUAGACCUGGCCCGGUACCGCGAGGCCAUGUCGCUCGUCGCGCAGGAGCCGUGCCUGCUGAGCGGCAGCGUGCGCGACAACAUCCUGCUCGGCAUCGCCGACGAGUCGGCCGUCGUCGAGGCCGACGUGCACGCCGCCGCCAAGGAGGCGGGGCUGCACGAUUUUGUCAUCAGCCUGCCCCAGGGCUACGACACCGAGGUGGGCGCCGCAGGGGUCGCGCUCUCGGGGGGGCAGAAGCAGCGGCUGUCGAUCGCGCGCGCGCUGGUGCGGAGGCCCUCGCUCCUGCUCCUCGACGAGGCCACCAGCAGCCUGGACAGUGAGACCGAGGCGGCGGUCCAGCAGACCUUUGAGGCCGCCAAGGGUAGCCGGACCAUGAUCGUGGUGGCCCAUAGGCUGGCAACCGUGCGCAACGCCGACGUGAUCUUUGUCAUGUCUGAGGGGAGAGUCGUCGAGAGGGGGACGCAUGCCACCCUGAUUUCUAGACGGGGGAUCUACUACGAGAUGUGCCAAUCCCAAGCACUGGAUAGGUAA